GGCUAGCGGGGUGGGGGGAGGCGCACGUCCAGGGCCGCGGGUUGCGGGCUGCUGACCGGGAUCCAGGCAACCGGACGGGUCGAGCUGUCUAAAGGCAGAGGGCCUGCAAGGAUGCUGGCUGUCCCAGAGAUGGGUCUGCAGGGGCUGUACAUAGGCUCCAGCCCAGAGCGCUCCCCGGUGCCCAGCCCACCCAGCUCCCCGAGGACCCAGGAAAGCUGUGGCAUUGCCCCCCUCACACCCUCACAGUCACCAAAGCCAGAGGCCCGAGUUCCUCAGCAGGCCUCCUUCUCUGUGGUGGUCGCCAUUGACUUCGGUACCACAUCCAGUGGCUAUGCCUUCAGCUUUGCCAGUGACCCGGAGUCCAUCCACAUGAUGAGGAAAUGGGAGGGUGGGGAUCCCGGCGUGGCCCACCAGAAGACCCCUACCUGCCUGCUGCUGACCCCAGAGGGCACCUUUCACAGUUUUGGCUAUACUGCUCGAGAUUACUACCACGACCUGGACCCUGAGGAGGCCCGGGACUGGCUCUACUUCGAGAAGUUCAAGAUGAAGAUCCAUAGUGCCACUGAUCUCACCUUGAAGACCCAGCUAGAGGCCGUAAAUGGAAAGAAGAUGCCAGCCCUGGAGGUGUUUGCCCAUGCCCUACACUUCUUCAAGGAGCACGCCCUGCAGGAACUGAGGGAGCAGUGCCCGUCACUGCCAGAGAAGGACACUGUGCGCUGGGUGUUGACGGUGCCCGCCAUCUGGAAACAGCCAGCCAAGCAGUUCAUGAGGGAGGCUGCCUACCUGGCUGGCCUGGUGUCUCGAGAGAAUGCAGAACAGCUACUCAUCGCGCUGGAACCCGAGGCUGCCUCCGUGUACUGCCGGAAGCUGCGGCUGCACCAGCUUAUGGACCUGAGUAGCAGAGCCCCAAGUGGUGGGCGACUGGGCGAGCGCCGGUCCAUCGACUCCAGCUUCCGGCAGGCCCGUGAGCAACUGCGAAGGUCCCGCCACAGCCGCACAUUCCUGGUGGAGUCCGGCGUGGGAGAGCUGUGGGCCGAGAUGCAAGCAGGGGACCGCUACAUGGUGGCAGACUGUGGGGGAGGCACUGUGGACCUGACCGUGCACCAGCUGGAGCAGCCCCAUGGCACCCUGAAGGAGCUCUACAAGGCAUCUGGAGGCCCCUACGGCGCGGUGGGCGUGGACUUGGCCUUUGAGCAGUUACUCUGCCGCAUCUUCGGUGAGGACUUCAUCUCCACCUUCAAAAGGCAACGACCAGCAGCCUGGGUGGAUCUGACCAUCGCCUUCGAGGCCCGCAAACGCACAGCUGGCCCGCACCGGGCGGGGGCGCUCAACAUCUCGCUGCCUUUCUCCUUCAUUGACUUCUACCGCAAGCAGCGAGGCCACAACGUGGAGACGGCUCUGCGCAGGAGCAGUGUGAACUUCGUGAAGUGGUCCUCCCAGGGGAUGCUUCGGAUGUCUUGUGAGGCCAUGAACGAGCUUUUUCAGCCCACGGUCAGUGGGAUCAUCCAGCACAUAGAGGCGCUGCUGGAGCGGCCCGAGGUGCAGGGCGUGAAGCUGCUGUUCCUGGUGGGCGGCUUCGCAGAGUCGGCCGUGCUGCAGCACGCAGUGCAGGCGGCUCUGGGCCCCCGCGGCCUGCGCGUUGUGGUCCCACACGACGUCAGCCUCACCAUUCUCAAGGGCGCAGUGCUCUUCGGCCAGGCGCCCGGCGUGGUGCGGGUGCGCCGCUCGCCGCUCACCUACGGCGUGGGCGUGCUCAACCGCUUUGUGGCCGGGCGCCAUCCGCCAGACAAGCUGCUCGUGCGCGAUGGCCGUCGCUGGUGCACCGAUGUCUUCGAACGCUUCGUAGCCGCCGAGCAGUCAGUGGCCCUGGGCGAAGAGGUGCGCCGCAGCUACUGCCCAGCGCGCCCGGGCCAGCGGCGCGUGCUCAUCAACCUGUACUGCUGCGCGGCCGAGGACGCGCGCUUCAUCACCGACCCGGGCGUGCGCAAGUGCGGCGCGCUCAGCCUGGAGCUCGAGCCUGCCGAGGGCGGCUCGGACGGCACCGGUGCAUCCCCCAGCCGCCGCGAGAUCCGUGCCGCCAUGCAGUUUGGUGACACUGAGAUUAAGGUCACCGCCAUCGAUGUCAGCACCAAUCGCUCUGUGCGCGCCGCUAUUGACUUUCUUUCCCACUGACGGCGCGGCGGAGCAGUGCCAAACCACCCUCGGCCGGGCCCCGCCCUCUUCCGGAGUUCGGGCCUGGGAAGCCGGAUAGGGAUGGACGAUGCACUAGUUCAAAUGUCAGCCCUUUUGAGUCGUCCAGCCGGAGAGAGAUGAGGUCAAGGGAGGGAGGGUGGGCACACAUGGAGACUCGCUUUGGGAUUGGGCCUUGGUCUAUAGACCGGAAGGGCUCCCGCCAAGAACCACCGGAAAGGGAGAAUUCUGUGAAGAGUUUUGCAAGAGGGCACACUCAGCCUGGUGGAGGGUGUGUGACACCGGAGGGAGAAGACAGCAGAAGAGAACCCUAAACUGAGGGUUGUAGGGCCAAGCCAAGCGAAGCAGGCUGCGGAACCGAGGUUGUCUAGGGCGUGGACCUGAAGAGCUGAGCUCGGAUGGAUGGGCUCCUGUCAUAAAGAAGCCAAGAAGCGCAACUGCAUGUCGCAGGGAAACAGCAAGUGGAAACUAGGACAAGGGUAGGAGCACUUUCCUGGAUGUGGUGCUGGCGACAUGAGGAUGACUUUUAACUGCAGAAGGGCAGCACCUGACUAAUGGGGAGGGUGUGUUACCUUGGUGAAGGCGGUUUGGAGAGGACUCAGGCGGAGCAUGCCCCAAGGGCAGCCUAUGAGCCACCCCCUUGCCCCUCAGCCGAGCCACUCAAGGGCUGCUGGGGGAGAGCAGGCGGGGCAGAGGGAGCACUGGGGGAUGGCCCCAGCUCUGCCACUGACUCCAUGUGCUCUCAGGAGGGUCCCUGACCACCUGUGGGCCUCAGUUUCCCCAAAUGUGAAAUGUCACUCUCCUCCAAAGUGUCAGCCCCACCUUCCUGAAAACUCAUCCUAAGGUGACAAUAAAGUAUGUACGCUCAAGGGGAA